AUGAAUAGAGCUCGGAAAAAGCUAGUAAGAGAAACAGUUGGUAUUUUGAAAAAGCUUCAUCCUGAUUGGGGAGCCAAAAGAAUUUUAUCAGAUAUUAAACCGAUGCUGGAACGAGAACAAAUUCCGUAUUCAACUUCAAAUUCUCUUCUACAAAAUAUCAAAUACCAAUUAAAGAAAUUUCGUGAAACUGGAACAACAACAUUACGUCGAUCAGGCUCCGGCCGUCCACCAACAAAAUCAUCAAAACAACUGUCGAUCAAAUUGAAACGAUUAGUUUUAAAUAAAAGGAGACGUUCACCUCGAAAGGUUGCACCAAAUGUGGAUGCUUCAGUAUUAACAGCCUUACGUAAUUUAAAAAAAUUUGCAAAACCACAUCGUCGUAAAACAACAACUAAAAUUACGAACGAACAUUUAAUGAAACGAAAAAAGUUCGCUCUUUGGUUAAAAAGACAUUGGAAACUGAAUCCACACGACCGUUCUUCCAAAUGGCAACGACUGGUGAACACCUACUUUUCUAAACCCUUUCGUCUUACACCAGAACUUACUUCCAAAAACGAUAUUAUAUGGUCUACCAGUCGACAAGAUGCUGAUAAACAUGGUGGAUAUCAUGGACGUGAAAAGUUUUCUCCUGGUAUCAUGCUAUGGGGUGGCAUAAGUUGGAACGGUUUAAUUCCACCAGAAGCACCCGUGUUCAUCGAUAAAUUUUUAGAUGGAUAUCAAUGGCCAAAACGUGCCAAGAAAACAAUAAAUGGUGCUCGAUAUGCAGAUCUCAUUAGUACUAUUGGUUAUCCAUCUCUCAUGAAAAAAUAUCGAAAUCGUGUACCAAUUUUUCAAGAUGAUGCUGCAAGCAUUCAUCGUACACCAAUAGUGCUUCAACAGAUCGAUGCCUUAUUCAAUGAACGAAUUCCUGUUGAUGUUCAGAGUCCUAAAUUUGAUGACAUAUGGGCGAUAGAAACAGUCUGGCGCAUUAUCCGUGAAAAAUUACUUGAUGUAAAAUAUUCAAAUAUCGACCAACUGAAACGACAAAUCAAAAAACUUUUGGCAAUCAUUUUCGUCCUAGCAAUGUCGACCAAUAAUCUCAUCAAAGGUCAAACGAACUUCUUUGUUUACUAG